GUCCCAGAAGGCACAUCAGUCAGAUAUAAGCAGUCAGUUUGCUCCCUCCUCUUGUAACAGAACAGGGCUAUCUGCGCCCCAGGCUUUCAGAGCUGCUACAGGGUGACCGUGACUAGUGGCAGAGAGAGAAGUGUUGAAAACUGGCAGAGAGAUAACUGGCAGAGAGAAAGGUCCACUACACAGACAGAGAUAGAAAUGGAAACAGGUUGUCAGAACUGAGAGAAGUGUUGGAGCCUGGCAGAGAAGAGGUGCCUGGGUUUGGAAGAGACAGAGAGAGGGUGCCCGGGGUGGCACAAAAAGAAAAGGAAUUUUGGACAGGGUAGAGCAGUUUAAGCAGCUCUAGUCUAAGGGGAAGAUUGGGGGCAGCAUUGGACUUGAAAAGCAGAAAGUUUGGGAGUUGGAACCUGGUGCAACUGAUGUUAGGAGGGUUGGUACCUGGUACUGGGCAGGGCACAAAGAAGCAGUGAGACUAAUAGAGUAAUAGAGAGGGACGGGCUCUAGAUCAGUUGGAUGUUGGCAGCGGGUUCUAGAGAGAACACAGAAAGGGAAGAGCUGAAAGAGGGGACACAGGGAUUGAGGAGGAUUCAGGGGAACAGAAGCAACAGAUAGGGGGCACCUUGGCACCUAUUUCAUUAGUGAUCAAUUCCAAACUAGACUCGGUCCAUGUGCCCAUGAACUUUGGGGAGGGCGCAGCUGUCGGCGCUGUACAGGGGAUGGCAGAAAUGAAGUCGGUGCCGGCUGAUACUUACCUUUCCCUGGCGCACACUUACGGGCAGACUUUCUAUGGCGCUCUCCGAGGUGCUGAAACUGCGCGCAGAUACUCGGGUCCCCAAGCCAUGGAUUUCCCCGGCAGUUCCCGGGACAAGAGUGGGGACAGCAGCGAGGAGGAUCAGAGUGGGGAGGAGGAAGAGGAGGACAGGGGCCCGGAGGGAAAAGGCAAGAAGCCCAAGGAACGGCGCUCUCUCCGGCUAAGUAUUAAUGCCAGGGAACGGAGGAGGAUGCACGAUCUGAAUGAUGCACUGGACGGGCUCAGGUCUGUUAUACCUUAUGCCCACAGCCCCUCAGUCAGGAAACUCUCCAAAAUCGCCACCCUUCUACUGGCCAAAAACUACAUCCUCAUGCAAGCCCAGGCCUUGGAGGAAAUGAGGAGGCUGGUUGCCUUUCUGAAUCAGGGCCAGAGCCUCAGCAGCUCCCUGGCUCCCUUCGGACAGUCCUCUGCAUACCCCUACCCUGGCACUGCCACAGCCCAAGACAAGUGCUCAGCCUUCCCUGGGGGCAAUACCAACCUCUGCAAACACUGCACAGAGAAGUCAUAAUGGGGCCUGAGCACCCCCUGAUCUCUGGGACCCCCAUAAAUGGUGAUACUCAUUCACUUCUGCUCCAUUCACUGGGACUUCAACGUACCCCAAGAACUCUCUCACCCUCCUGAUUGUGGGGCUCCCAAACUGUGACACUAUGUCAUCACUAAUGUAUAGGACAAUUGUCAUUGAAUCCCCCUCACCCCCCAUUCUGGGACUUAUCUCAGGACCCUGGUGGCAGCUUCAUUUCACUAUUAUUUUGUUAUUGGGGGUUCGCUCUUGGACUCAUUGGGUACAGCACCAGGAAAACAGGAGCCAAUAACAGCAAGACUUUCUAUCCUGGUUUCCAAGCUGAAAUUCCUGCAGCCAAGACCAGGCAAUCUGUGGGUUCUGGCCAGAAGGGCUGCUGUAAGAUGCCAUAAAAAGUGACUAUUUAGUGGGCUGGUGGAGGUUGUUUGGGCUUCUGUGUACUAGGAAUGCCAGGGCCUAUUUUGAAUCCCAGUCCAGCCCUGGCCAAAACUGCCUCAUGCACUCAUGGCUACUGGCUAAGUGGGAAGAUCUGAAAUAAAUUCUGUAUGUGUGGGAUACUCUGGCAGAGCUGCUCCCCAUUUUGCUCCCCAUCAUGCUCUACUCUCUCUUCUAUGUUAUUAAGGCUCAGAACCAUGACCUUCCAUAGGUUUAUUUGGGUCAGGAAUCAUUUGUGUAAAG